CUCAUUUUUGGGGGACAGGGGUAGCUCUGUUUAGGGCCCCAAAAAUGCUUGAACCGCUCCUGGCCACAGUAUAACUAACAUUCUGCUUAAUGGAUCAAACUGGAAUAAAUACAUAAAAAUAUCCGGAAAAACUAAAUAGAUAAAAUUACAAUAGUUGUCAGAAGAUAAAAAACAAAACCAGAGCGAGGAAGAGUUGAAGAGAGCUCUGUUGUCAUGUGCAGCCUGGAUGUAGCAGCCAGCUAGCGUUAUCAAAACAGUGUUGUCUGCACUGCAGGCACAGCGGGGCAUUUUAACACCUAAAUAUCUGCGUUUUCACAGUAGCAGUUUUCCUGUGGCAUAAACGCUGAUGGUGUAUUGUCUGGGAAAGCGAACAUAACAAAAACGGGAAACGAACGACAGGCCGCAAAUGGAGCCAGGGACCUCGCGUGAACGCCUAAUCGGCGCGGGGUGCCCUGAACCGUCCGGUCCGCGGGAGGAAACCCCGGGGGAAGAGGCUAAAGGCGGAGAGGGGAACACUGUGAUGUUGAAGCGAAGAGGAGGAGACGAAGGCGACUCGGCAGAGGAGGUGAACGCUCAUUGUGAAGUUGAUGGAGAUGCUGGGAACAAGAUUAAAGCCGGAGAUGAAGAGGAUGGUGACAAAUAUGAAGAGGAGUUGGACCCAAGAAUUCAGGAGGAGCUGGAGCACCUCAACCAGGCCAGCGAUGAGAUCAACAAGCUGGAGCUGCAGUUGGAUGAUGCCAGGUCCAGCUACAGGAGGAUCCUGACUGAUUCUGCCAGGAAGCUCAACGCUCAGGGCUCACAGCUUGGUGCCUGCAUUGAGAAAGCAAGGCCAUACUAUGAAGCCCGCAGACUUGCCAAAGAGGCCCAACAAGAGACCCAGAAGGCAGCUCUGAGGUAUGAGAGGGCCGUAUCCAUGCACACUGCUGCCAGAGAGAUGGUGUAUGUGGCAGAGCAGGGCCUUCUGGCUGACAGGAACACCAUGGACCCAACCUGGCAGGAGAUGCUCAACCAUGCCACCUCCAAGGUUAACGAGGCAGAGGAGGAGCGCCUUCGCAGUGAACGGGAGCACCAGCGAGUCACACAGCUCUGCCAGGAAGCUGAGGCUCGUGUACAGACCCUCCAGAAAGCACUGAAGAAGGUCAUCCUCAAGUCCAAACCUUACUUUGAAUUGAAGGCUCAAUUCAAUCACAUUCUGGAGGAACAUAAGGCUAAAGUAGUACAGCUGGAGGAGCAGGUGGCAAAAGUAAAAACACGGUACUCUGUGGCUCUGCGGAACCUGGAACAGAUCAGUGAGCAGAUUCACGCACAGAGGGGGCGAAUCCGGACCAGCAGGGGGCGGCCUGCUGUCUGUGGGGGUCGGAGUCCCCCUGUAGGUGCUGAGGCUGAAGUCAGAGCUGCUGUUGGGAUUCAUGUCAAUAGCUGCGCUGGAGUUGGCGGAAUAGAGAAUGACUGGGCAGACGGUGAGAAAACCAGGCUGUGGGUGGAGAAGCACCGGGAGAGCGGCUGGGGCCAAAGGGAGCGGCUGGAGGUGGAGCAGGCCAGCUCAGACUGCAUGUCCGUCAUUAGCCUGCAGACCAUUGCUUCCGACCUGGAGAAGUGCGACUCGGUGGAACACCUGGGUGACCUCAGUGACGGCGGGAGCAUGCUGGGUGAGGAGUGGGACCGGGACAGGAAGACUCCGCAAAAGCCAGUCAGCAGGGAGGCAGCGGCUGAUGGGCCCCAGCAUGAUGGGGCCCUCCAGGAGAAGGGAACGGUUAGUAAAGAGAAUCAGGAGAGCUUCAUCAAGCAGCACCACAGAAGUGUUAGUCUAUGAUAGUCAGCAGGAGGAGGAAGCUGAUGAGUGAUGAUGAGUGAGGAUUAUGGCGAGUGUAUGAAGGGGGAUCAGAGAGGAAAUGAGAGGGGGAGAGAAAGCACCCUGACUGAGAGGUGGAGGAGGAGCUGGAAGGAAUGUGAAUGGAGAGGGCUGACAGUGAUUGACACUGCAGUUAGGAAUAGCAGGAAGGUUUGGCAGGUACAUUGGCCGCACACUAAUGAAUCCUUACAUGACAGCAAUAAACAGAGAGAGCAGUCCUACAGAGAGCUAUCAGACCUGUGACAGUGUCUGGUCCUGUCUGUCAGGAAGUGCAUGAAACAAAGCUAAUCACUGUAGAGUACAAACAGUGUAAACACAUGUUAGUGUUUAAUUCAUGCGUCUGGUUUUUAAUGUCCCCACAGACCAUUUAAAAAAAGUCCAUCUCUGUGUUGACAUGGUGUCAGCUUGUUUUCUUGCUUUAGAGAUGGAUAAAUAUGCUUCUUGUUUAGUUAGUUUGUUAUGACUUUUGGUCUCAUUUUUGUAGCUUUGGCCAUCAUUGUUAUCAGUUAAAAUAACACUGUACUCACUAAAGCAACUGUUGAGAUCUACAACUAAGUCGGACAAGGCAGGAAACAAAAGCAGUCAAGACAAUCACACAGGUUUUAAACAAGCCAACAGUUCAUCCAGAUUAUCUAAAGCACGUUAUUAGAGGUCAAACUGAAAGUGAGUGCAAGUUAAAUAAUUAUCUGAUAAUCCAUCAGUAUUAUUACCAACUUUUUGCUUUUUUGUAUUUUGCAUGAAAUGUAUGGCACCCAUGUUAAUCAAGAAGAUCCAAAGAGUUCUUGCAAAGAGUUUUUGCUCUGUGUCCAAUCAUAGUUUGGGGGUGGGGCCAUGGGCAUAAAUUAUGUUGCUAUGCUGCUCUCAGCUUGACAGCACUGAAGUGCAAUGCACCCCCUCACUUCUGUGUUGUGAUUUGAUUUUAAUGUGGCGUGGAAAAUUCUUGUCAUAAUGAAAAACCCAAAAGGUAAAUAACUGUCCUUUUAACGUUUGUUUUUUCAUUUAAUUAUGACACAAUAAAUGCAUAUUUAAAAAGGAAAUACUUAUUACAUGUGUAAUGUAUUGCACUUUAUUUCCUUGUUUGAUUUAUUUAUUUGUUUGGAUACUUGGAUAAUGCAAACUGAGAUAAACCCUUACUCACUCUCUAUGACUCUCAUCUCAAUGCAUCAUAGCUGGUGUCAAAAUACCUGUGCUUUUUGUUUUUUAUGUAAAAUCCCAUACAACGGCAGCAAUGUGAUGCAUGUCUGCUGACUACUGUACCAUGACUGCCUCUGUCUAAAUGGUGUCUCUGGUGUGUGCUAAUGGCAUCAGUUGACACAACACUAACAGGAUGGAGUUUCACUGCCAGCUAUUCGAAUGCAGCACUUGAACUCCUGGUUCAGGUCAAAUGACAGAAGAAAUUAUGCUUUUGGCCUCAAUGCAAUUCAACUGAAGAGUUUCUCUGACCUUCUGAAAGGUACCCACAGAAAAAAACAGAAAAAUCUUAUAUUUCUCGCUGAAUCUCAGUGUGGGCCAGAAUGUUUCAUCUUCAUGUCAAAAUUUAAAAAUCCCUUGGGGGUUUGGUCUUGGAAAUUUUUCCUUUUCAUCACAUUUGAGUUUGGCCUGAAUAUACACCUUCGUUUUCUCUUCCAAAUACGUUUGACUAACCUGGCGGUUUGUUUCCAACCUGCCUGAUCAUCUGACUGCUCAUGUUUCUUGACCGGCAGACUUCUUCUUUUUAGUGAUGUCACCAUAUUCCCAGAUAUCAGCUGUUAACUGAUUAACUGUAUUAAUUUGUGAGGAAUUAGGUCGGAAACUAUAAAAAUAAGACCCAAGUUGUAAUAAACUGGAAUACUGUUUUGUGGCAAUGGCAAAAAAAAAGGGUAAUAUAAAAACAAGAGAGGUACUAUAUUUUAAGCAGGCCUUAUCUUCUAUCACUAUACACAUUUUUAUUUAAAAUAAUGUGGCCAAAUACACUUUUCCAUUGCCUUAUAAAGUGACUAUAGCCAUAUGGGGUCAGCUGUAUAAAUCAAUAUGUAAUAUAUUGAUAAGAUCAUCAACUAAGUGCAGUUUGAUGGAGUUAUUGUGCUGCAGAGACAUUAACCGCCAAUAGUAUCAUAAAAUGAACGUUACCGACUGGUUUUGAUAUUGCCUUAAAAUAUACACAAAGCCUCUUUGUUGGCCUUGAAUGAUUUAAUUUUGUCUGCGCAAAACUGCUUACAUAGUUUACUUACCUGAAGAUGUAACUUACAAACUCCAAGACUGCAAGAUCUUAUCAUGAAAAAAUCUAUUUACUGUUACACUAGGGCUUCUAGUUCCACAGCGGUAUGGUAUGUCGGUAUGUGCUUGCGGAGAAAGAGCAGUGAUGGAAGGACUGAAUGAUUAAUCAUUUGUAUUGAAAAAUCCUGGUUGCACACAAGCUGCCAUCACUGUGCUGGCACCUCACUUGUAAACCUGUAUAAACACUAAUGUUUGUAAAGGAUUUCACUUUUUGGGUGCUUAUGCCAAGAAAUCUGUCCAGGCAGUCCUGUAAAAUCAUCUGUCAUCAUAUGCCAUUAAAAUAAAAGUUGUAAUAUAAAAACUUAAACUUUUCAACAAAAUUUGGUUCCAUUUUAUCAGACGGCUACAUGGAUUUUCUGGGCUAUGCUGUUGUCAGUGCUCCCACAAUGAACUUUAACUUUGGAAAAAAUGGAAAGUAAAAGCCACAAGCCUCUGCUCCAUGAAAUAUAUUCAUAAAUAUCCAUGAAAUACUCAUGUUUUGAUUGCAUUCUGAUCUGCAUGUCAUCUAGGGACCUUUAAAGAGUGAUGUGCCUAUAAAUGGUGAGCCACCACCCCACAUAUUUCUUGCUAGCUUGAUACUAGCAUUACAUUUCCUAGCUGAAAUUCCCCUUUUACACCACCACAAAUUUCCAAUUUUUAUUAAAUAAUGCAUUUCUUCUGUUUACAAUGCAAGAAAUCAAAAAGUUUGAUCAUUUGAACGUUAAGUGCCCACUUGAUGCCAGUUUACCACCAUGUAACUAGAGGCCCUGCACAGAUAGCCAUAUCCCCAUUUAUACCUAGAAAAAAAGCCAAACGGCUAAUUUGAAUAACAUAACAUUUAAUAUAAAAUCAAGCUAAUUUGUUGUUUGAACAUCGUAUUUAUUGUAACUCAACGGGAAGGAAAUGAAAGGUUGUUUUUACUAAUGUGUAUGUUUUAAAGUUGUCUCAUUUCACUUCAUACAUUUACAUCAGUUACUACUGUUCAUUUAGAGGCAGUAAAAGCUGAAACAGAAGGACUUCAACUUGUACCUUAAACAGUAUUGUGUUUGCAAACUUUGUUUUGCAAACCUUUGCUGUGAUUUUAUUUAAACAGAAAAGUGGGUUUGCAUAACUGGUUGCGUGUUUGCACUUGGUUUCUUUCUUUUAUUUAAUGACAUCAGUCUAAACACUGGUUUACAACUUUGCUGUAGAAAACGUAUUGACUACUAUAUUUGUUCGGAGUGAAUGUAAAAUUUUAAAAGAUUAACUAAUGUGUAAUACUGCUGAACGUAAGCUACUGUAUGUACCUUAUUUAACUUGCAAAUAUUAUUUUAUGGAACUUCAUUAUUAAAAAAGUUACAGUAUUUAA